ACCCCCCCUGCAAGGGAUACAUAACCUCGCGCAGAGAUUCCCCUGCAGGUACAUAUACCCGUUCCAUCGACACCGAGCUGCUCGUAUCUUGAGCUUAUGCUUGCGAGGGGUAAACUAUGAGUCAACCGCCUCGACGAUCUAGUUUCGGGAUGUUGCUUCGACGUAGUAAAUCCGGAGACCUUAAGGGGAGCCGGAAGCACCACAAAGCAGAGCAACGCGAGACCAUCCCCAAGUCUCCUCCCCGCCUGCCCGCCCUCUACAAUGGUGCCCAGCCGCCUCCCCCACUACAAAGCUUUGGAGGCGACGCUCGCCCCGACUCCCUCGCCAUUGUCUCUGGGACAGCCGACCACUCUUUUCACCGCCAACCGCCGAGAGCCUCUAUCGAUCCCGGCCGCCCGUCAAUGUCCUCGUUUGCUAGCCCCCCAGUGCCCCCCGUUCCCAACGGAGCCUGGGUCGACCCCUACGCUCGUACCGAAAGCAUGACCCACCGUGGCCGAUAUAGCUAUGCGAGCAGUGCCGUGAGCACCAUCAACAGCCCUAGGAGGGUCCGUAGGAGGAAGGAUCCUACGCCUUUCAACAUCUUGAUCGUGGGCACCCGCGGUUCGGGGAAGACCUCGUUCCUCGAGUUCCUCAAGACGUCGCUGGCCCUGCCGCCUAAGAAGCGGUCCCAACGGUCGACCGAGAUCGAGCAAGAGGUCACCGCUACCGCAACCCCUUCUGGCAAAUUCAUCCCCCACUACCUCGAGAGCGAGAUCGACAACGAGCGCAUCGGACUGACCCUGUGGGAUUCGGAGGGCCUCGAGAAGAAUGUGGUGGACUUGCAGCUGAGAGAGAUGUCGGCCUUUUUGGAGAGCAAGUUCGAGGAGACCUUUGCCGAAGAGAUGAAGGUCAUUCGGUCGCCGGGCGUCCAGGACACGCACAUCCACGCGGUCUUUCUAAUUCUGGACCCGGCUCGCCUAGAUCGGAAUAUAGCUACCGCCAACGCCACCGCCACCAACGGCCACGACGAGCACUACUCGCCGGAGGGUAGCCGCAUCGUAGGCGGCCUUGACGAGGAUCUCGACCUGCAAGUUAUGCGAACGCUCCAAGGCAAAACUACGGUGAUUCCGGUCAUCUCCAAAGCCGACACGAUUACCACGGCGCAUAUGGCAGUCCUCAAGAAGACCGUUUGGGCUAGUCUCAAGAAGGCCAACUUCGACCCCCUCGAGGUGUUGGGGCUAGACGACGAAGGCGACGCCACGCCGGACUCUAGUAGGAUUGAUGAAGCUGACGAAGAGGAGGCCGUCGAAUCCGAAGAUGAGCAGGAGAAGUCGGAGGGUCAACAAGGAGCGCCCGACGUCGCCGAAGACGAGAGCCCCGACGAGAACGAUCUGCCGAUCCAGGGCCGGGUUUCGUCGGCCUCGAAACGGCGCUCGAAUACGUCGGGGUCGCGAUCUAGGGCGUCGGACGGCGAGACGACUGACGAAGUGCCCUUCCUCCCCAUGUCGAUCAUCAGCCCAGAUCUGUACGAACCUGGCGUUGUCGGUCGCAAAUUCCCGUGGGGCUUCGCUGACCCCUAUAACGAGGAGCACUGCGACUUCACUCGGCUGAAGGAUGCCGUGUUUAACGAGUGGCGCGGCGAGCUGCGCGAGGCCAGCAAGGAGCAAUGGUACGAGGGUUGGCGGACGAGCCGGCUGAAGCAACGACAGCCUGGUGGCAGCCGGCGUCGAUGAGGAUGAACGGUGAACGGCGGUGCCAUCCCUGAUGGGGUGCUGGAUUACGAUGCGGCAUAGCUUUUACGGGUUGUCACCCACUUUUUCUUUUUUUUUUCACCUCUUUUUAUAUCUUCGCGUUUUGUGGUCAUCACAGCAUACCCCCUCGAUUGAUCGUUUUCUUGUGUGUAUUAUUGCCUGCUCUGGUUUAUCAGGAAAGGGCAGGAAA